AUGGACGCACUGCUGCAAGCAGCCGCGCGAAGCAGAGGGCCCGGAGCCAGGACCCCCCCCCUUUCGCCCACUGUCGAAACGCCGAAUGAAAGCACGCUCACCCGAUUCCCCGGGCUCCCUGCCCGCGAGGUUGGCACCCUCGUCUUCGCCACUGCCGGCGCCGCGCUGGCGCUGCGCGCCGCCUCGCGCCGGGCCGCGGGGAAGCCCCGCGCCGCGGCGGUGGCGAGGCGAGCCAAGGACCACGUCAACCUCGGCACGGUGGGCCACGUGGACCACGGCAAGACGACCCUGUCGGCGGCGAUCUCGGUGGUGUGCUCGCAGUUCAACACGAGCACGGACACCAAGAUGAAGUCGUACGAGGAGAUCGACAACGCCCCCGAGGAGCGGGCCCGCGGGAUCACGAUCAACGCCUCGCACAUCGAGUACGAGACGCCGACGCGCCACUACUGCCACGUGGACUGCCCUGGCCACGCGGACUACGUCAAGAACAUGAUCACGGGCGCUUGCCAGAUGGACGGCGGCAUCCUGGUGAUCUCGUCUCCCGACGGUCCCAUGGCCCAGACCCGCGAGCACAUCCUGCUCUCGAAGCAGGUGGGCGUGCCCAAGCUCGUCUGCUUCAUGAACAAGGUGGACGUGAUGGAUGACGAGGAGUUGCUGGAGCUCGUCGAGUUGGAGACCCGUGAGAUGCUGAGCCAGUACGGCUUCCCUGGCGACGACGUGCCCUUCGUCCAGGGCUCCGCGCUGCAGGCGCUCGAGGCCAUGAAGGCGAACCCUGGCACCAAGCGUGGCGACGACAAGUGGUGCGACAAGAUUUUGGAGCUCAUGGACACGGUGGACGAGUACAUCGAUCUCCCCGAGCGCCAGACCGACAAGCCCUUCCUGCUGGCCGUCGAGGACGUGUUCUCCAUCUCGGGCCGCGGCACGGUGGCGACUGGCCGCGUGGAGCAGGGCGUCGUGAAAAAGGGCGACGAGGUCGAGAUCUUGGGCAGAGGCAAGAAGGCGCAGAAGUCCGUCGUCACGGGGAUCAGGAUGUUCAACACCGACCUCCCCGAGGGCCCAGCGGGCUACACCGUCGGUGUGCUGUGCCGCGGCGUGUCUCGCGACGACAUUUCCCGCGGGCAGGUGAUCUGCGCCCCGGGCGCCACCAAGACGCACACGAAGUUCAAGGCCAACAUCUACCUGUCCAGCAAGGACGAGGGAGGCCGCAGCAACCCGAUCAUGCCCGGCUACAUGCCCGUCUUCUACUUCCGCACGUGCGACGUCACCGGGAAGAUGGUGACCAUGGCGAGCUCCGAGGGGAACGCGGUGCAGAUGGCGAUGCCUGGCGACGACGUCACGAUCGAGGGUGAGCUGAUCGCCGCCACCCCGAUCGAGACGGGCAUGCGCUUCGCCAUGCGCGAGGGAGGCAAGACCAUCGGCCAGGGUCUGAUCACCGAGGUGAGCUGA